CAACGGCGACAUUCUCAAUCCUUCGGCCAUCGGAGAGGAUUAAUGGACCUGAUGCAUGCUGCUACUAAGUCGUUGCCUCGCUGCACUGCUUCAUGGGCGUUACCAUCGAGGUCACACUGCGGAUCUUACCUGCAACCUACUCUUGCUGUGCCAUCGGAAUCGGUCAGCGGCAGCAAACUCGGAGAUACGAAUUCAGACCAAUCAGAUGAAUGAACGCGGUAGUGCUCGAAAUGUUCCUCCGGCCGCGACUACAUAGUACUUACGUAGUGCGGCAUCCCUCGAGAAGUCAGGAACAUACGAUUAUCUGUCCAGCAGGGCAUAUCGCAACGACUACUCUGUUUCAGCGGCAUAUUUAUGCCGGAGGUCAUCUACUGGCAAACAGUUAAAUACUAGUCAGAGUGCCUUCGGAACGCCUCAGAACUUUUUCAGAUCUCUACCGCUCUAAACAUCCAUGUCUUCUACUCAUAUUCCUAUUCUUAUUCUUGGGGCUACAGGUUAUAUUGGCGGGUCCGUCCUAUCCCGACUUCUUGCUCAUUCCGAUGCGAAGAGCUUUGAGAUCACUGCCCUCAUUCGUUCAGUUGAGAAGGCUGAAUGUUUACGUGGGUUCGGGGUAAAAACCGUCGUAGGAUCGACGGACGAUGUGGAGAAGCUCGAGACCCUUGCUUCUCAUGCCCAUAUCGUCUUUUCCGUUGUCAGUACGGAUGACCUUCCAGCAAUACAGGCGGCUGAUAAGCAAGGAUACUUGAAGUCGUACAUCAUCCUCCACAGUUUGGUGUACGGAAUGGCAUCUGGUCCAUUCGUCGACCUGGGGAUUCAGAACCCGUUUUCCAUGCAAAUCCCAGGACUCAUCAUGGCCGCGUUUGAUAGAGGACACGUGGGCAUGUUCGGGAAAGGCCUUUUGAUUUGGCCAAGUGUUCAUAUUGACGAUGCCGCGAACCUUUAUUUAAUUCUCUUUGACGCUGUAUUAGCGAACCCUGAGAAAGUCGGACAUGGACGGGAGGGAUAUUUCUUCGUGGAGAAUGGGGAACACACGUGGUAUGAUCUCUCCAAAGCAAUAGGCGGGCCUUUCGUAAAAGCCGGACUGUCCAAGGACUCGGAGCCCACUACUCUGACUGAUGAGGAAUUGAUCAAGUAUACUGGCUCGGUGGAAAUAGGCCAUAAGAUGGGAUCGAACGUGAGGUGCCACGCAAAUUGCGCUCGAGGACUUGGCUGGAAGCCAACGAAGACGAACAAGGACAUGUUCGACAACUUGAGCCUGGAGGUGAGCGCAUUACUCAACAUCGUGCAGGCAAAACAGCAGAAGGCUUCUACAUGAUGUACACAACUGCCUCACCGAUAGUUCCACCACGAAAUGUUGCAUUCGUCGAUCACUAUGACACGUCCAUAAUCUCUUCGAUGCAGUGGUUUCGGUCUGGCAACGAAUGUAAUGCCAGUUCUGAGUUUUCUCAACCUACUCUCGGUGGUGAUACAUGAUACACUCAUCACCUCGGAUUCUUGUAUGAAUUGGAUGGUUACUCACUCGAAUUUUGUCUCGAAGAGCGAGCCGACGGGAAUGUGAGAUGACUAUACUUAGCUGCCAUUCGAGGUAACUCCGGAAAACUCGGAAUCCGGCGCUUUGAUGAUGCCAUGGCAGGAGGUUUCAUGCAAAUCAAGAUGCAAAUGCAAA